AAUAAUUUAAAUUAUUAAAAACUUUAAUUUUAUAAUAUUACUUUUUUCUUUUUAACAAACUUUCACCUUUAAAAUGUCAAUCUUUGCUUCAAUCCAAAAAUUAGGUUCAGUCAAUGCCUCAUCAAAACAAGUAGUUGCCAAUUCAUAUGGUUCAAUUGAAAUGGGUUCAAACAAUGUUGCUGUCCUUGCCAAUACCUCUUUAACCUCAACAACCAACACUAAAUUGAACACUCCAGUUGCUAGUCUUGAAAAUAAAACCAAUACCAAAACUGCUAUUAAACUCUAAAUGUUUUAAAAUAAAAACAAUAAACUAAUAGUGUGUAAAAAUACAUUAUAUUACCUCCUAAAAAAAAAAGUUGUGCAUAUUUAUUUUAC